AUGGGGGCUACCACGGGUGAUUGGAGCGUACAGGGGCUUCUUCGUCUGGGGUCUCACCCCAACCGACGGCCCUUCUUCUAUGUCCGAGGCGUCGAAACGCGCGGCCUGAUCCAGGCCCGGGCCCGGUCAAACGGGUGGUCUCCCUCGGGGCUGGUCAAACAUCAUGCGCCGUUGGGCCCACACUGUCCGUGGUACCAGUCAACACCUUUCGUUGCGACCCGUGCAAAGGGCCCCGACACGGCAGCCACCCGAAGCCCUUUCUGCCUCUGGUGGCAAAAGAAACCCCCCAAAAAGGACAGUAUGCCGCUGCCAAUGAUGGACAAGACGGAAAAAACAGUACAAAAAAUGUCUGUUCACCAGAUUUUCCCAAAAGAUGGGCUCUCGUGCUGGCCCCCCCAGGCCCGCCCCAACCAGGAAAGGCCUCUGACUCCCCCCCAACGACCCCCCUCUGAAUCAAACACCACGAACCACCGAAAAAGCUGUGCUCCAGACAACCCCCAAACCGAAAGGGGCGGACCGCGGGCCCAGGCCGGAGACCGCUCGAUGGGGAGUCUGGACCCCCAGGGAAAAAAGGAUAAAAAUGGAGGAAAACCUCCACCCCUGAAACCCGAGGAAAAGAGAGUCAAGAUGAUUCCCCCAAGUAAAACAAGUGCAGAGGAACCACAGGAAGAAGGUUCCACGCCCCAACGUCCCCCCCAGACCCCAAAACCAUGUUCUUCAACGAGGGGGGCAUGUCAUCCUAUCCUACUGGUCACAGCUGGUGCCACAACCGUCAAAAAGCUGAGCCGCCCCGGCAAGCCGCCAAAGCCAGAAACACCUGGCCAGAGAAAAGCCAAACACGAAAGUCAAGCUACCAAAAACUCUCCACCCCCCAUGAUCCAGGGAUAG